CUAUGAUUCACAGGGAUAUUUUAUUAUUUGAAACAGCGUUCUGUAUCCCACUGACAUUGCAGUUUUGUGCGCGGUUUCGUAUCUUAAGGAUGUAAAUAUAUCAUUGUGCUUAUGACAGACGCUCCAAAGACCCCCUCAGUGAGCGUGAGACCCCCUGGUGAAAUAAAGGAGGGAGGUUCAGUGACUCUGAGCUGCAGCAGUGAUGCCAACCCAGCAGCUAACUACACCUGGUUCAGGGAACAUGGAGGCUCAGUGGAGGAAUUAGGAGAGAACUACACCAUCAGUAACAUCACAACUGAGCUUGGAGGAAAUUAUUACUGUGAAGCUCGUAAUGCAGUUGGACUUCAGAAUUCAACUUUGAUGUUCCUUAAUGUGACAGCCACAUCAUCAUCGUCAGUGACUACAACAACUGUGGCUAGAGGUACUGUUGCUGUUUUACUGGCCACCAUACUCCUCUUCAUCUUCCUCUGGAUGAGAAGAAAGAGGGCUUCUAGGAAAGCGCGUGGCCAGGGAGGAAGGCCAGAUACCAGGGAGGAGUUUCUUCCGUGUCCUGUGUACGAAAACCUUUAAGCUCUGACCAAUCGCUCGGCUGCUGCAGCACAAAGAGAACCAAUUGAAGAGCAGGAUGACGUGCCUUGUGGGUUUGCUGGUGCUCUGGUAGAGUCUGAUCAGACAGAGCAGGUCCUUUUCUCUGCCAUCAACCUUAAAAUACCCAAGGCUGUCCCUGAGUAAGCCCUCUUGAUAGUUCUCGAAAAUAAACUUUGUGGCUUGAGACUUCCUCAUCAAGUAAACCCAGUCGAAGAGUUUCUUCUCUUUAUCUUUCUUUAACUUUUCAGCGACAGUAAACAGAUGUCAGAGUUGUAUACCACCAUCAAAUAAAUAUCCAAGAAAAUACAUUAUUUUUAUAUAGAUCAGCAUUAAAUGGGUUUUGAUGAAAUUUCUAGCAAUACAAUUGUAUGUUAUAUUGUCAUAAUCUUCGUUCAGCAUGAGUAUAGUUCGUUUUGUUUGUUAGUUACUAAGAAUAUUCUUCUCGCCAGAAAAAAACCCGCUUUCUAUCAUUGCUUUGUUGGAUGAUGUGGGAGCUGCUAUCACUGAUAACCAAACAUGGUUGACAUUUAUUUUAUUCUCAGUGGAAAAUGUAAUAUUACGUUUGUUUCGACAUUAAAAUGUGUUUGAAAACAUG